GCUCCUACAGACAUCACAAGUGUUGCUCCUAUGCCCCCCACAAUUGCAACUUCAACUACAACUGUAGCAUCACCUACAACAACAACUGCAGAUGCUUCCACAACCACAAGUACAGCACCUACUACAUCAAUCACAACUGCAGGUCCUACUACCAUUUUGACUCCUAAGACCAUCACAACUGCAGCUCUUAUGACCCCCACAAUUGCAGCUUCUACUUCAACAACUGUCGCUCCCACAAUCACAACAACAACAGAAGCUCCUACAACAACAACUGCAGCUGCUUCUACAUUUACUACUGCAUCCCCUACUGCAACCACAACAGAAGCUCCUUCUCCAACAACAGUAGCACCAGUGACUUUAGGAACAACAGUCCCAACGACGACAGCAGCUAACUCCUCAACUUUAGCUCCUUCAAUGCCAAUCCCAACUGCAACUCCUACAACAACAACUCUUGCUCCUACGACCUCUACAACUUCAGCACCAACUACUUUAUUCACAACUGCAGUUCCUACUACCAUUUUACCUCCGUCGACAACCACAACUGUAUCACCUACGACAACCACAACAACAUCCACUACAACAACUGUAGCACCAACAAUGUCUAUCUCAACUGCAGGUCCUACUACCAAUUUAAUUCCAACGACAACCACAACUGAAGCUCAUACAGACAUCACAACUGUAGCUCUUAUGACCCCCACAAUUGCAGCUUCUACUUCAACAACUGUAGCUCUCACAACCACUACAACAGCUCCUAUGACAACAACUGUAGCUGCUUCCAUGAACACAUCAGCAGCACCUACUAUGUCAAUCACAACUGCAGGUCCUACUAACAUUUUAACUCCAACGACAAGCACAACUGAGGCUCCUUCAGACGUCACUACUGUUGCUCCUUUGAACCCCACAAUUUCAGCUUCUUCUUCAACGACUGUAGCUCCUACGACAACAACUGUAGCUGCUUCUACAAUUACUACUGCAUCCCCUACAGCAACCACAACUGUAUCACCUACGACAACCACAACAACAUUCACUACAACAACUGUAGCUCCUACAAUGUCAAUCUCAACUGCAGGUCCUACUACCAAUUUAACUUCAACGACAACCACAACUGAAGCUCCUACAGACAUCACAAGUGUUGCUCCUAUGCCCCCCACAAUUGCAACUUCAACUACAACUGUAGCAUCACCUACAACAACAACUGCAGAUGCUUCCACAACCACAAGUACAGCACCUACUACAUCAAUCACAACUGCAGGUCCUACUACCAUUUUGACUCCUAAGACCAUCACAACUGCAGCUCUUAUGACCCACACAAUUGCAGCUUCUACUUCAACAACUGUUGCUCCCACGACCACAACUGCAGCAGCUCCUAUAACAACAAUUGUCGCUGUUUCCACAAACAAAACAGCAGCACCUACUAUGUCAAUCACAACUGCAGGUCCUACUAACAUUUUACCUCCUUCGACAACCACAACUGUAUCACCUACGACAACCUCAACAACUGUAGCUCCUACAAUGUCAAUCUCAACUGCAGGUCGUACUACCAUUUUACCUCCUACGACAACCACAACUGAAGCUAAUACAGAAAUCACAACUGUAGCUGCUACAACACCAAUCACAAUUGCAGGUCCUCAAACCAUAUUAAUGACAACCGCCACUGCAACUUCUACUACAACUACAAAUGCAGGUCCUUCAACCACCACAACUGCAGCGCCUACUACAACUAGAACAGCAGCUCCUACAAGUACAACCACAAUUGCACUUCCUACCUCGACAACCACAACGGCAACAUUUACCUCAACUUCUACGGUUUCAGUGGCAUCAACUAGAUUUGGCACAGUGGUGGUUUUUGUAAGACUAGAGUUCCAGCUCAACACUGCAGUCCCCAAUAAGGAUGCCGUCCUUAGUGCCGUCGACAAGAAACUGUCUACACAAUUCAGGACCUUCAAAAUUCAAAGAAACACUCAAGCCACCCUCCAGAAUGCAACUUAUAUCAAACUUUCAGAUACUUCAUUUGCUGUUGAUCUUGGUUUCAAAAUAACCAAUGUAUCCAUGGAGGAGAGACUGCUUCAAAGUGCUAGAGUCACUUUCACCGAUGAUACCUACAGCCAGAUACAGGAUUCAAUUAACAGCCUACUGCAUGAUAUUCUCAGUGAACCAAACGGCAAACAAUUUGACUUUCCCAAAGCCAAAUUUAGUGUUGUUGGCAAUCAAAUCAGGGCAAACGUGACGUAUGUAUACAAAGAGAAAGACGUCAACCUCCCUAGUGCCUUUCUAGGGGAUGUUUUAAAAGUCUCAGGUCUCCCAACAACCACUGUUGCACCAACCACAACUACCAGCACCUCACCACCUACUACCCUUUUGCUGACCACUCCUUUCAGUACAAGUGACAGAGGUUUUCCUGGCUGGGCUCUGGCCAUUAUCAUCCCCUGUGGCAUCGCUAUCAUUCUGGUACCCCUGUGGAUCCUGCUAUGUUGCAUUUUAUGUGGCGGCUGUGCAGCUUUAAGGAGACGCUGGCAACGACACAGAGGUUACAACGUACAGUACACCACAAGAAACGGCAUCUUCUGAGGUGACAAGGCUAUCAAAAUAACAGCCAAUCAUCUAUAUCUGCUCAUCAUCACAACAAAUAAUAUAUUUUUUAUGUAAUCCAUACACCAUUACUUUUGAGAAGAUCAAACACAGACUUGCUUUUAUUUUUAUAACAAAAUUGCAUUGUUCUUGAUAGGGUUAAUAGGUCACGUGUUUCCCCAAUGUACUACUUUUUAAUAUUAUACAGUAUUUCUCAUUUUAGUCAAAGCUACAGCUGAGCUGGUAUAUUAUGCAUUUAUGUAAUUUAAUCAUUUAUAUACACAGAAAUAUUAUUUUUGAUUUUUGUCAUUUCCCCUGCUGAUUUAAGCUAUUAACUCACUAUAUUUGAAAAUAUGCAAUACAGCACUUGUUUCUGUAUCAUACAA